ACAUCUGCGCGUGAGAUAUGCCAUCCAGCAGCGAAAGUUUGGUAAUACGCUAUGCCAAAUGAAUCGUAUUCAGCGGGUUUUAUUUUGUGUCAGAUCAUUUAUCAUAUCUCAAGCCGAUAAAUUGCAUCACCCCAGGAAUUUGGGGGGGGGGUCAUGUCUUAGAUGGGAUACAUAUUGUCAAAUUGACAUCAAAAGUAGAUUUUUAAACCCAUUUCUUAACGAACCUUAACCUAAAUGUCAUAACCUGCUACGUUAAUUAUCCUAACCUGCAGCGUAAAUUCUCCUAAACCUCUUCGAAAAGUAAAAACCCGUUUUGGGGAGCACAUGAAUGCGAAUAUAGGUAAAUUAGUACUUGCCAUAAGGUAGAAUGUUUUAGCAGUGGUUGUUUUGUUAUCAUUCACCACACUCGAUCUAGCACGAGGGGAGAGAAAGUAACGUUUCUUUUACGCUUUAAUGAGUCCAGUUGUCUAGAGAAUUCUAGAACAAUAUGGGAAGCACAGCAAAUGACUCCAAGAAGAGAGACAUGAAGAUGACACCUAGAAAGAAGAGGACGCUUCGAUUGAACAUGCCUGACCUCAGCUCGUUUGCCAUGCCCUUCUUGGAGAGAGAUGUCGACCAUAUGGAUACGGACGGCAUACGGAAGGGUGGAGGGAGUUGCCACUCAGUCAGCCCAACGAAAGGUUUCUUCACCCGGGGUCCCUUCAGUCGGCCCUCCAGUCCCAAGUCAGCCCCUGUCAAGACCAAGAACAGCCCAGGCUCCCCCAAAACCAUCUUCCCCUACCCUUCGUCCCAACAGGACUCCCCACCCAAGUCGUCUCGUCGCCUGAGCUUCAGCGGCAUCUUCCGCUCCUCCUCCAGAGACUCUACGUCUAACUCCACCUCCACCUCUCCCGUCAACGUCAAGCUCUUCUCCAGGGCCAGGAAAGCCUCUGGGAUCUCCUCGCCCUCCUCAACUCCUCCAACGCAGUCCGUCAAGCAGCCGCCGGCGUUCCUGCUGGAGGCCUAUCGGAGCGAGCCGGAGAGGCCGGAGGCACGGAUGCGCUCCUACUCUUCCCCGCCAGACACCGGGCAACGCUUCAGUCUACCCUGCACCAAACCACCCAUGACUCCCACCGCCCCCAUCACUACCUCACAAUCACAACCAGUCGACAGUUUAGUUGAAACCAUGCUGAAGAAACUUGAGCUAGAAGAUGAAGCUGUUGAAGAAUCCGAAAGGGAUAUCUACAUGCGCUUCAUGAAGUCACACAAGUGCUACGACAUUGUUCCUACCAGCUCCAAGCUCGUGGUUUUUGACACUACUCUGCAAGUAAAGAAGGCUUUCUUCGCCUUGGUUGCCAACGGGGUGCGGGCAGCCCCGCUAUGGGAGACGAAGAAGCAGAGCUUUGUCGGAAUGUUAACCAUCACAGACUUCAUCAACAUCCUCCACAGAUACUACAAGUCUCCCAUGGUACAAAUAUAUGAGCUGGAGGAGCAUAAAAUUGAAACGUGGAGAGAGCUCUACCUACAAGAAACCUUUAAGCCGUUAGUGAACAUAUCACCUGAUGCAAGUAUAUUUGACGCAGUAUACUCGCUCAUCAUGAACAAGAUCCACCGGCUGCCCGUCAUCGACCCAGUCAGCGGCAACGCACUUUAUAUCCUCACACACAAGAGAAUCCUCAAGUUCCUCCAGCUCUUUGUGUGUGAGAUGCCAAAGCCUGCCUUUAUGAAGCAGACCCUGGAGGAGCUGACCAUCGGCACCUACCACAACAUCGCCUUCAUCCACCCCGACACACCCAUCAUCAAGGCCCUGAGCAUCUUCGUGGUCCGGAGGGUGUCCGCACUGCCAGUUGUGGACGAGUCGGGGAAAGUCGUGGAUAUUUAUUCCAAGUUUGAUGUCAUUAACCUUGCUGCUGAGAAGACCUACAACAACCUGGACAUCACGGUGACCCAGGCUCUGAGGCAUCGCUCGCAGUACUUCGAGGGCGUGAUGAAGUGCAACCGGCUCGAGACACUGGAGACUAUCGUGGACAGAAUAGUCAAAGCAGAGGUCCACAGGCUGGUGGUGGUGGGCGACAAUGCCCACAUCGUGGGCAUCGUUUCCCUGUCGGACAUCCUGCAGGCCCUGGUGCUCACCCCUGCAGGCAUCGGCAGAAAGAGCAGCCAAGCACAAUCAAAAGCAGAGGUAGAGACAGAGGCACCACCAGAAACAUUGGUAGAGGCAGAACUAGAGGCAGAGGUAGUAGGGGCUGAACCAGCGACAGGUAGAGGUGGUGAAAGCUGAGACAGAGACUGAGGUGGAGGGUAAGUCUGAAGUAGAGGUAGUGGGGGUUAUGUCUGAAGUUGAGACCGAGACGGUGAUGGCUGAAGCAGGGGUAGUGGGGGUUAAGACUGAAGUUGAGACUGAGAUGGAGAACACUGAAGCCAUGGCAAAGACUGAGGCAGUAGUGAAGGUAGAGACUGAAGCUGGACCAAAGGAUGCUGAGGGAAAGGCGGAGUAUGUGCUGUGUGUGUGACUGACCUGCCGUGACACGGGACAUUGCUGUGAGAGGAAGUUGACAAGGAAGACUGAUGGAAGUUGAACCCCCAGACUGAUGCAGCAUUGUCUGGGCUGAGAAAAGGGUUGGAUCGGACUGGUGGGAUGAGUGGUACAGUCAAAGUGACCCUCUGGGUAACCAGGGCCCUGAUGGGUAAUUUGCUGUGAUAGGGGAGACGUGGUCACAUGGGUGACUGAUUCGGGCUGACCAACCUGGGAUCAUUUUACUAGAGGGUCUGGGGAGGCGGUGGUGCCUCCUCUUCUCCCCCUCAAGAUUGUGCAUCAUCACUCCCCUCUACUUUUACCCCCUGGAUGUUCCAGAAACAACCCCUACCCCCUAGGCCCUCAUUUUAGACUUGACAUGAGUGGAAAGGUAUUAGCAACAUGGCUAGUAUUCCAGCUAGCCUAUCUGAAGCCCCCGAGGUGGUUUGAGUUGUUAUUAUAAGCUUAUUUUUAGUUGCAGGUUAUUUUCCAUUUUAAUCAUAAUCGUGUCUGCUCUCCUUCAGGGAAAGAGUAUUGAGUUGUUUUUUUCUGUAUUUGCACAAGGUUUUGUGAAUGGAACCAAGGGAUGUCGGUGGCUCUCUGAAAACUACACCAAUCCCCCUCUGCUACUUAUGAUGUCCCUGUGACAGUGGGCGGAGUUUGCUGUCCUGUCUUUAACGGCAUUGGUGCCUUUCGAGAGAGAUUUUUUUGAAAGAGGUGAUGGUAUGACGACUUUGUUGUUCAAUGCAAUUCAAGAAGCAGCAGCUGCCUAUAUACAAUAUGUAUGUAUACUUCUCCAGUUACUUGGAGGCAUGCAAGAUAUAUCUUGUACUCUGUA